AUGGAUUAGGGCGUUAGUCAAGGAUUCUCUUUAAGAAAGAUUUGUAAACAACGACUCAAGGGAUUGUUUGUGUCACUGAUUUAAACGAAUCCAAAUGUUUAGAAUUACUUUUUGAUUGUGGAUCAGAAAACAGUGAAAGUUGUAUCUGCUUACAUGAAAAUGGCUGAAUUGAUGGAAUUGGGAGUGAGUGCUGUUGAAAAACUGGAAUUAGGCAGAAAGCCUUUUCCAAAAUUACAUGCUAUUUAUUUUAUUUCACCAACAUAAGAUUCAAUUCAAAGAGUUUUGGAUGAUUUUAAAGAUAAAAAAAAUCCACAAUAUGGGGUUGUUCAUUUAUUUUUAUCCAAUGAAAUUGAUUAAGGAUUAAUGCAAAAAAUUGCUUAAUGUAAUUCAUUGAUAACCAAAAUUGCCUCUUUCAAAAUUGUGAAUUUAGAUUUUGCUUGCACAUCUGAUUAAGUGUUCACCAUUGAAACACCAGAAAUGUUGACUAAAGCCUAUACCUCUUAAAAUGUGUAAUAAUUAUUAAAAGAAGCAUCGUACAAAUUGGCUACCCUCCUCAUAUCCUUUAACAAAUUUUACUCUUUUGAAUUUCUAUAUAACUAAGCAGAAAAUAAAUUGUCAGAAUAAAUCGCCAAAUUGGCAGCAGCAAGAUUACAAGAAUUAUUAGCUUCUUUUGUUAAACAAAAAAAUGAAUAGUAUGAUAAUAUUGAAAAAGAAGCUGGGAAAAUAACUGUGAUGAUAAUAGAUCGAUCAUAUGAUGUAGCCACUCCUUUGUUACAUGACUUUUAUUAUCAAUCCAUGAUCUAUGAUCUAUUAGAUAUAACAAAUGACAUAUAUGAAACUGAAGUUGAAGCUGGUGGAAAAUAAAUAAAAUAGAAAGUGAUAUUCAACGAAAAUGAUGAUUUAUUCAAUAGAUAUAAAUAUCGACACAUUAUAUAAGUGCUAGAAGGAAUACCUGUUGAAUUUAGAGAAUUCAUCAAUAACAAUACAACUGCCAAGGUUUAGCAAGGAUAAAUGAACAAUUUGGACCUCAAUCAGAUGUCAGAGAUUGUCAAGACAUUGCCUUAAUAUAAUGAAUUGUUGGGAAAAUAUACCUUACACAUGAAACUAAUAGAGAAAAGUUGGUCUAUUUUUGAAAAUAAGGGUCUAAAGGAGAUAGGAGAAAUCGAGUAAGGCUUAAUUACUGGCAUUGAUGGAGCUGGAAAAAGUAUUUCAACUACCAAAAUUUAAAGUGCUGUUGCCACUAAAUUAAUGAGUGAAACUCUGGAUGAGUAUGAUAAAUUAAGAUUAAUCUUAUUAAGUAAGUCAUAAAAUAAAGUUUUAGCCUCUAUUGGUUUGGAAAUGUCAGAAAAAGACAGAAAGAUAUUAACUGAUAAAAUUAAAGUUGAACAUCAACAAGCAAUCUUAAAUUUAAUUUAUUUAGGUGUCAAUCCAUAAAAAGGUGGUCAGAAAAAGUCUAAAUCAUCUAAUAGAAUAAAUGAUGAUUUAAAAAAAUAAGCCAAGCACAAAUUGGCAAGUGCUUGUACAGAAUUAUCAAGAAAUACUCCAUUAAUUGAAACCUUAGUGGAAGGCUUUGUUGAAUCUAAUUACAAAAAACCUUAGAAAUUUGAUUCUAUAAUAAUAAAUGAAGACGGUGCAGGAAGUAAAGGCAAUGGAAAAUCAAUUAGAAAAGGAGGACAAUUGGCUAGGAUGAUGCAAAACGAAGAUAGUGAUGACACCAUUAAUUACACUCCUAAAUUAAUUAUUUUUGUGGUUGGAGGCAUUAGUUACUCUGAGAUAAGAAGUAUCUUAAGUAAUCAAAAAAUCACCAGUUCAUAAAUUACUUUGGUUGGUUCAACUAACAUAGUAAAACCAAAGGACUUUUGUUAAGGACUAUUAGGCAUGAAGACUAUUUGA